AUGAGUGUUAAUAAAUUUUUGAAUAUUCUGAAAGAAAAUAUUGUUUAUGAUAUUUCUGGGGAUGAUAAAAUUAUUGAGGAACUUGUUAGUAUAUUUAGUCCUGAAAAUACUGAUGAAUCAAAUAAAAUAAACGAAGAUAGAGAUGAUAACAAUGAAUUAUCAAUUAUUAAUGCUACUGUGACAUUAGAAAAUUUGAAUAAUUUUAGAUUGUUUUUACUUCAACAAGAAAAAACUGGCAG